AUGUCUGAAAUCUCAAUGACAGAAUCACCACAUUUGCAACAAAUAGAUCUAUCAACCUUAAAUCCUCAACAACUUGCCGUGUUUAAACAACAACUGGAUCAAGAAUUAGGUGUUUUCCAAGAUUCAUUGCAAACUUUAAAAAUUGCUCAAAGUAAAUUUCAAGAGUCAGGAUCAUGCCUCGAGAAGAUUUCUCCAUCAUUAGAGGGUAAUGAAAUCCUUGUACCGUUAACUGGAUCAAUGUACGUGGUUGGAAAAUUAGCAGAUACUAAUAAUGUUCUAAUUGAUAUUGGAACUGGUUAUUAUGCUCAAAAGAAUAUUGUUGAUGCGAAAGAUUACUUUGACAGAAGAGUGGCUUAUGUUACCGAACAAAUGGAGAAAAUUCAGCAGCUGGGUCAUGAGAAGUGUAAAAUCAGAGCAACAGUGGAUGCGUUAGAAAUGAAACUUCAAAUGCAAACACAGAAAGAUGUUUCAGAGCAUGCAUAA